AAAAUCAGGGAACUGGGCAGUUUCGUAUUUUAUGUACCCUAGUACAGUACAGUUAUUUCCCUUUAUUUGCAGAACGCAAGAAACGUAGCAGCACGUGCGCGCCAAAAACUAGCGAUGGGAUUGUAUUUUGGAAAAACCGCUUUUACGAUAAUUGUUUGACAGAUCAUGUCACUAUCAGAUACCCCAUCUAGUUCAGAUAAAGCCAAAGGCAGACCUGGGAUUUUUCGUAUUUUUAAACAGUCUGUAAAAGAUUUAGGACGAGUUCCUAAGUCGGAUUUUAAACAUUUUAAAAAGGAAUCAGAUGCUUUAAAACAGCAAACUGAUAAUAAGUCUGUCUGUGGGAAGAAAGAAACCAGUCCAGAUGAUAAUCACAAAGAGGUGAAGAGAUUCUCUACAUUUAAAAGUAGAGAUAAAGAUUGCUUUGUGUCUGAAAAGGAACCAAAUAAUAAUGUUGGCAGUUUCAAAAGGAAUGAUUCUAAAUCUUCAUUAUAUAGAAAGAGAAGAGAUCAUGACUUUUGUAGAAAUAAAGCCUCUUCAGGUUUCAAUCACAGGAGUGUUUUAGAUGAAAAUAAAAAUAAGAGAGAAAAUAGAAAUGAGGGAGAUGACAUUGUGAAUUUUAAAGAAGCAACAGAAACUGUAAAAAAUGUUUUUAACCUUAGUGUGAAAGACAACAAUGUAAGUGAGUUCAGUAAGGGUGAAUCUGAAGAUUGGGAAAAUGACUUGGUAGACUUAGUUGUCAAUGAAUAUAAUUUUAAAUAUCAACAAGAUAAUCUACAGAAUAUUUUAGGAGAUAGAAAAGAUAGUAACCAAAGUAUUGUUAAUUCUCAAUCUGAUUUCAACAACAAUUAUAUUCAAGAAGUCGAUUAUACAGAAACUCUGGAAUCCAAAACGGAAUUGGAAACAACUCUUGGUUAUGAGAAUCUUAAGGAGAAAAAACAUACUGAAAAUACCAAUGAAUGUCCUAAAGAUUUAGUAAAAGUUGUUGGUUGUACUGACAAAGAAAAGGCUAAAAGAAUAGAAGAAUAUACUUCUGAAAAACAAAGUUUACCAUUUCAUAGUACUCCAAAGAAGAGUGGUUCUUUCCAUGAUCUAGAUAAGGAGUUUGAUACAAGUUGUUCAUUUUCAAAUAAAUCUGACAAUAGUUUUUCUCCAAAGAUUGUUAAGCAGAUUGAAGAGAAGGUAAAAGCUGAUUUGAACAUAUUGACAGGUAGCAUUGACUCUGACAACUGUGUGACACACGAAGAAGGUAACGGCUCUGACGGACCAAGUAAAAUGAGGAAUUUUCACAAUGCUUCAAGAACAUUCGAAAGAGGAGAUGGUCAUUGUAGGAAUAGCCCAUCAAAGAAUUUAUCAGAGAGACCUCGAAGAAAUCAUGUUGAGUAUGAUAUGCCACCUCGUUUCAGAGAUAAUCGUGGUAGUGGUGAUGGUGAUAAAUUAGAAAGUGCCGAUGUAAGUUUUAGGAAUGCAAGGGGUAAUGACUCUUGGCAUAGACCUCAGAAACAUAGGCAUUUAAGAAAUGUCAACAAUAGCAAACAUGUAGAAGAAAAUGUAAAACAUUUUGAUAAUCAGAAUAGAAGGCAGUUGCUUGAUUUGAAAAUAAAAACACCUGUAAAGUUUAAGGCUGAAAGAAGUGGAUUCAAUAGAAUGAAUAGUGCUUGCAGAAAUGAAGUUGAAAAUAAUUGGGAGAUGCCUGCCUCAGAAGACUGGUCGUCAGAAUUACUUGAUUUAGAUGCUAUUAAUGCUGAUGCAAAUGCUAUUCCUGAUGAUGAAAUAGAUGACAAAAGUAGAAGAAUUCCUGAAGAACAUUGCCUUGAAUUAAACGAAAAAGUGAUUGUUGAAAAAGUAUCAAUUGAUAACCAUGUAGAACAAUAUUUCCCUCCCAUGCCUCCAAAAAGUGCACCAGAUGUAGACUAUUUAGAACAGAAGGGAACAAUACCUGAAGAAAUUGUUGCUUUGGAAGGAGAUUCUGGUGCAAAAAGAUUUGAGUUUGAGCAAGAAAGCUUGUGUCAAAAUGUUUCAGAUGUGGAAGGAAGUUCAGUCUAUUCUAAGGAGCAUGAAGGUGACAAAGAUAUCAGUAGUGCCUUAUCAACAAAGGAGUUGUUGGCCUCAAAAAACCCAAAUGUAUAUCUCCCACCUAUACCUGCUGAAGUUCUUGCAUCAGGUGACAAGGAAAAUUGGGGAAAAAGUGAAAAUUUCAAUGAAAUCCAGAUCAAGCCCCAAGGUUUAGAAGGAAAUGCAGAAAAUUUUGUUACAGUUCAAGAAGAGCAUACAAGCCUUUCAAAUAAAAAUAGUCCUUGUCAAUAUGUUGAAAGUAAGAAAUUGCACUCAGAAAAUGAUGUUGCAAGUACGAACAUGCAAGGUUUAUCAGAAGAUAAAGCAACAGGAGAGAAUAUUGAAAAUAAUUUUGAAACCAUUGGACAUGAAACAAAAUUAGAUAUUACAAAUUAUGAAAGAAACAUUAACAAAAAAGAAGUUGCUGAAGACAGUUGUUCAUUAAGCUCUAUCUAUGCGAAUCAGGAACAAGUUUGUGUUUAUUCUGCCAAUGACAAUAUGACUAGUGAAGCUGAUGUUUCAGAUCUACCUUUAGAUGAGAACAAGUGCUGGGAGAAUGAAAGAAGCGGUGGUUUUUGUUGUGAGAAAGCUGAUCAAGAAAGUGGAAAUACUGUGUCUGCCAUAGCGAAUAUUGGAGAAAAAAAUACAGAGUAUGAGUCAAGUCGAGAUGCUUAUGAGCAGUAUGUUAGAUAUUGGUAUGGUCAAGAUGCGGUCACUGCAGAUUAUAUGCAAAGAGGGCAGCUUGGUCAAUGGCAUCAUAAUUAUCCAUACGACUAUGAAGCCUACUGCAGAUUGUAUGAGCAAAUUCAAAUGACAUAUUAUUGGGACAUGUACAAUAGACAAAUGCAGUAUGGUGGUCAGGAUCCUUAUUAUUGGUAUGGUGAUUCAUAUUCAUGCCAAGAUGAGUCAAAGAUGGAAAGUUGUAGUGCUGUAAAUGCUACUGAAGACAAGGUUAUUGAACAAGUUGAAAGUAAAAAUAUCAAUAAAAGGCUAGAUAGGAAAAAGCCAAGUCAUCAUGUAAGGAAAGACCAUUCUAAACAGACUGAUCAAUUGAAAACUACCGCCAGCUGCCUAGAAAAUGCAGAGGAGUUAAACUUAAGAGAAUACAAGUGUGAAAGAAUGCAUCAGUGGGUAAAUAACCAUAGUCCUGAGAUAAUAAGUGAUAAAAGGCUCGACCUUACAGAGGCUGAUCCCCUCUCUAAGAAUAGUCUGAAUGAAUAUAACCGGAAUUUAAGGAAGUCUGAAGACACUUCAUCAAAUGGCUUCCAUAGUGGUAAAAUUAUACCCAAGUCUGUAGAAAUUUCAAGUGUUAAAGUUAAAGAGCAAAAGGAAAAGUCAAAAAAUGUUUCUGAUACUGAGGAAAAGAUAAGCGAUUUAAAUGAGGGUAAAAAGUAUGAGCCUUCAUGUACAUGUAAACCUUCCCAAGUGACAUUUAUGGUGUGGCGAGCCUGUGCUUGUGGGGCUGGCAACCCAACCAGACUGCACAAGAUCCUGUCAUCUGGCUUUGAUGAGAGAAGUCUUGACCAUGGAUACCAAUCUAUUGAAUCAUUAGAGCAUGAUGAAUCUGGAGUUAGACAAGUAGGUGGUAAAGCUCCUGGGUUUGUAAUUCAGCCAUUGUGUUCUACGCCAGCCACAGAUAAUAAAAACAUAGAUUUGCCAAAGCAUAAGAAAGUUUCCAAAGAAAAAGAAAAAUUGGCUGUAUGUAAAUCAGAGGGAGAAAAAGCUGUGAAGAAUAUUGAAAUCUGUCCACCACCUGGCUUUGAAAAAGUUGUAAGAGGCAUGAAUAACAGAAAUUACAAAGGAACAAGUGAGGAUGAGAAGUACAGACAAAGAUGUUAUGCUGAGAGUGAGCUACAUGGUCAAUCUGACAAUGGCGCAACUAAACCUUCUUUGAGAAGUAUUAUAAAGCAGAAAGGUCUGCAGUAUGGGCAGUAUGUUGAUACUAGACAUUGUGUAAAUGCUGGAAACAUGAGACAAGAACAGUGUACAUUGUCUGAAGAUUAUAAUAACAAUUUGAAACAUCAUAACAAGCAAAGUUUGCCCAUUUGUCAUGGUAGGAUAGACAGUCAUCAUCUUUUACAGGGUUCUUCAUCAUUGGAGGUAGGGAAAGACAAAGAUAAAAAUAGCGUUAUAUCAAUCCCCGGAUUGAAGUUCUCAUUGGAGGGGAAUAAUGAUAUUGCUGAAGAUUUUGAUGGAUAUAAUGAUAAAGUGAGAAAUGAUGCAAAUGUUGAGAACUACACAUAUGAUAAAAAUGCAAAGGAUAAUGAAACUGGGGAACUGUCUGAUAAGGGAAAAGAGUUUCCAAUAUCUGGUUCAAGUCAAAUUGGAAAGUUAAGGGAAAAAGGGUUGUACGAGGGAGCUGUUAAUCGUCUGAAUAAAGUGAAUGACUCUGUGUUCCAAAAUGUGUAUUUAGGAAGAACUGAUCAAUUGAAAAAAGUGCCGUCAGCAGUCUCGAGUUUAAAGUUGUCCAAAUGUGAAUCCAGUUCAGCAGAUUAUUGUGAAACUAGUGGAGAUGAAAAUACUCAAUUUUCAUUUCUAACACAAUCCCCGCACAGCUCAGACAAUGAACGCAUUUGGAAUACAAAUGAAAUUGCGAAAUUAAAGAAAAAUGCAGAAAGUUCUCAAAUGCAGAAUCAAAACUUUGAGAGAAGGGCUAGAUACGAAUUGAAUAACGAUUGUGAUGAAAAAAUUCCAGUGAAUGAAAUCAUGGAAACUCAAGAUCACAGAGGUGAAGAACCUGUAGGAUCAUGUCAAUUUACGAGAGAUAUCUAUAGACCAGGAGCGUCUUUUCGACCAAGAUCACCAUAUUUGAGUCUUCCGCCACCCUACAGAGGCGGCCAGUUUCGUCCACGGUUACCUUCAUUCUCCCACAUGGAAAAGUGGACAAUGGAUCCAAGAUUUCUUCCCAUGCGUAUGCCUCCUCCAAUGCAUUGGCCUCCACCAUCAUCACCCUACCAAAUGUUUGGUCCAGGGCCAGUAUAUGGACCAGAAACUGCUAGGGAAACUCCUAAAAGACCAGACUACAUUGAAACUAAAGCCAACCAUCAAAUGUACGGAAAAAAUGAGGCCAAACCAUUUACAAGAUUUUCUCCACCUUUUCCACCAUAUUAUCAUAUACAACAGAGAGAUAGCCACAUGGAAUUGACCAAGAACAGCCCUGAUGAAGAAAGAAAGAAUUUUGGUACAACUCAGAAAGCUAGACAUUCUUUAAGCCUUGUUGAGUAUGACUCUAGUGGGGGAAGUUCAUCAGAAAUUGAACCAUUUGAUAUUGACAGUUUACGUGACACUGAUGAGGAAAUUGGUCUCAAAGUAAAUCAGUUGGCACCGAUACCAAAGAAACUCAAAACUGAUUCACCUGAUGAUUUUUCAUCCGGAGAUUCUUGUGACGGUACUCAGAAAGAAAAUAGAGGCACAGUGCCUUUGAACUCCACAGCAACCUUGAAAUUAAGUAGAGGAUGUACUAAAAAACUGAAACAAAAGACAUUGAAGUCUUUUUCUGGGACAGAAAGGCAGCCAAUGUGUUCAAAAGUUAAAGAAGACGCACCAAAGAAAAUGAUAGAAGAUCAGUUUAAGAAGAGAACUCUUGCUGGUAUCAUAGCAGAUUCAUACAGGUCUGGAAAAUCAGAGGGAAGAGUACCAGGUGGUGAUACAACAGAUCGCACAAAUCAAGAUUUUAGACAACAUGAUUUAAAACAAGAGAAGCCAUUACCUCCUUUACCCCCUUUACCACCAUUUCCUAAUAGUCCGUUUUGGAGUAUGUAUUCCACACCUAGCAGUUCAGCCUUGGCUGGGAAGAAUAAAGAAUAUGAUGAUGAUCAGGGAAAACCUGCUAACUCACCAGUACAACAGGUGCAACGGAAAUGGCUACUGAAAAAUCCUUCUCAAAGGUACUCUUUUUCCCCAGGGCAAGCAGGAGGAUUGAACUCACCGUCUGAAACGGAUAGUGAAUCAAAAUCCACUCGGUCAGACUGGAUGACAAAUUUCAAAAUAUUUCACAAUUUUGGUGUGAAGUAUAUAGACACUCACUGUCAUCUGGACUUUCUAUUCUCGAGGGAAGGUUUCAAGGGGAGCUUUAAGGCGUACAUGGAUAAACACUCAGAGUCAUUUCCAGACAUGUUUGAAGGCUGUGUAGCUGUAUUCUGUAACCCAAGCACCUUUACACCUACUGGUGGUUUGUGGUUGGAUGUUGCUAAGGAACCAAAUGUUUGGAUAGCCAUGGGUUGUCAUCCAAAGAUGGCUACAGACUUUACAGCAGCUGCUGAAAUGGGAUUGAAGAAAUGUCUACGUCAUUCCAAGUGUAUAGCUUUGGGAGAAAUCGGAUUAGACUACUCCGGAACUUUUCAUCAGCAUGAAGAAGUGCAGAAGCAGGUUUUCCGACGACAGUUAAAAAUGGCUCUCGAGUUACAGAAAGUCCUGGUCAUACACUGUAGACAAGCUGAAGAAGACUGUCUUGAGAUUAUGAAAGAGAUGAUACCGAGGAACUGGAAAAUCCACUGCCACUGUUUCACGAAUGCGUACUCUAACGCUAAGCUAUGGAUAGAUGCCUUUCCUAAUUUAUUUAUCGGAGUUACUCCCCUUGUGACAUACAGAACAGCAAGUCCGUCCCAUGACUUGGCAUGUAACAUUCCUAUAAACAAACUAUUGCUGGAGACAGAUGCUCCAUACUUUGUACCAAGAUGUAUUCCGAAAGAUGAUCUUCCAUUGUCUAACCCAGGAUUAGCAAUAACGGUUGCCAAGGAGAUAGCUCAAUAUCAGGAGCUUCCAGUUGCUGCUGUAUUACGACAAUGUAGACUUAAUACCAAAUUUAUGUAUGGCAUAUAGUGCUUUUAUACCAAACUUAUGUGUAGCAUAUAGUACUAUUAUGACUAAAUUUGUGUAUGGCAUAAAGCACAUCUAAAAUGUACCAAAUUUAGUGCUUUAUACCAAAUUUAUGAUGGAAUAUAGUGCUUUAUACAAAAUUCAUACAUGGUUUAUAGUGCCUUUGAUGCCAAAUAUAUAUCAUGGUAUUAUACAGCAUUAUGAUCAGUCAAAUAAUGUGUAACCUAUAGUGUUAUUUAUAGUAAUACCAAAUCUUUGUAUGAUGUAUGGCUUAUUAUAAAGUUAACUUUGAAGAAAUUUCAUAUAGGUUUGUUAGUAUAGUACAAAGUAGUGCAAAAUUACUCAUAACAUGUUUCUCUUUUUGAGGUCUUUAUUUGGUCGUAACCUCUUGAGUUUAUGCUUUUAUUUUUAUGAUUCCAUGUCAGUAAAUGAAGGAAUAGGGAGUAUUGUUUAUUUUGAUAUGACCUGGACCCCAAUGUAACUUCUCCAUUAAUAGUAAGUUUAAAAAGUUAGGAAAUUUAAAUAUUUAUUUAUAGACAUAAGGCAGGUUUUUGAAAUACAUCUUGUUAUUUAAAGUUUGCUAAGAUGCUGUUUUGCGUUAUUCAUACAUUUAUUUCAAAGAUGAAUUGCAAUUGAGUCUAUGAAAAUAUUUAGAAUACUCGAGUAGUUACUGUUUAAAAGAUAAAUAAAACAAAUCAAAACAAACGAGCAAAUAUAUAUGUCUGCAUGUCCAAUGGUGCUAUUUUAUUACAAAAAAAAAUGUUUUCAGUAUGUUGGUCUUUCAAAGCUUUAUGUCAAACAAUUGUGUUAAGUGAUGUUA